AUGUUAACCUGUUCUUUUCGCCUUCGACACGUUCUCAUACGGUUCUUCGUCAUAUUCAUCAGUGCAGUGAUAAUCGCAUGUGACGAGCGAAAUGUGGAAGAACGCUCGUAUUGUCCGUCGAUUGAAACAGUUUCAUUCGAUUCAGAUAUCGAUGUUAAAUGUAAUAAUUCUUAUUUAGCCUUCAAUGAAAUCAAUAGUAACACUUCGAAUUGGAAAUUUGCUAAUCCAAGUCCCUUUUGCCAACACCAAGGUUUUGUUCGUCAGUGCAACAUAACACGACUCGGUCCGAAAUUCCUAAAAGUUCCAGUUAGAUCAUUAGAUCUCGGUGAAUCAGCCUGUAUUUACUGUCAUACCAAUUAUCGACCAGUUGCACCAAUGAUCACAGUCACUCAAUCGAAUAACGAUGUUCAUUCUUUCUACACAUUUAAUUUGACUGCAGAUAGAUUAGGUGAUGGUGAAUCAUUCGAAAUUAUAUGGGCAAAACGUUCCAGUCAUAUUCGAUACUCGCUGAACUAUUGGUUUUUUCAAGAAUGUGUCGAUCCAGUUGUUGAAAUCCUGGAGAGAACCGCUCGUCAAAUCGUGUUUAUCGUCGAUGAUGUUUCGAUAAAACGUGUUGAAUUUAUCAUUCGUCGCUGUCAUAGCAAUUGCCAUUCAUAUCGAAAAUGUGAUGACGACGAGUUUUCGAGUCGGAUGUCUUCGAACUAUUUCCAUACGCCGCAUGCAAUUGAAAAAGUCAGCUGCAAUUCCGACUGUCUCAAUGGUUUAGUUGUCAAUCCAGCAACAAUCAAAACUAUGCGCGAUGAAGAUAUAUUAUUAUCGACAAUCAAAUUACCGAAUAGAAAACAAACAAUAAAAGUCCUUAUUCUAUUUCCGAUUCUCGGCUUAUUAAUAGUACUUAUGUUUAUAACAUUUGUCUUUUUGCUUAUUGCUCGAGUGCGAGGUAAAUUCCCUUUUCAAGUUUACAAAGCAAAACUACCUACUCAAGAACAAGUCAUAUGA